UGUUUACAUUUUAACUUUACCACAGAUGUUUCGUUUGAAACUUCCGUACGAAUACAGAGCAAGCGUUCGGUCCUCAUGGCACGUCAACGGUAGAUAUGCAUGAAUUAUGGCUCCAUAAAAAGGUUAAUGGAUCUUGUCUGGUUUGACAUGUGUGCAGCUUCUUUGUUAGCCGUGAAAUUCCUGAUCGUAAAACUUCUAUGAUCACUUUGAUGAUUUGUCUGUUGCUUCUGAUAAACGCUUACGUUGACGCUUUUUAUCCUACGUGAAAUCCUCUACGAAUUUGGCAUUGAACCGGAGUGAGAGCGUAUUCACCUUAGUGAUGGAUGCCAAAUAUGGCUACGAUAGGCUGGAUGCAGAUUUUGGAUCAGGUGAUCAGCAGCAGCAUUUCGACUAUUGGGAUCUUAAUUUGAAUCAGCUUUCCGAAGGCCGAGUGAGCGAUGUUGCGGACAAAAACUACCCGGGCAUGAAAUCUGGAGAUCUUCUUGCGUUGGGAUCGUUUGGUGACGAAGAAUUCCGCGAUGCAGCGGAGGUCCUUCAAAAUCAUAGUCUGCAGGAUCUGUUGAAAGCGGACGUCGAUCUGGAGAAUUCGGGCGUUCACACGAGUUUCAGAGUUCCGCGGACAUCCUCCAUGUCAACGGAUAGUUCAGGCAGUAUAUCGGCUAACAGUUAUUUUUUCCGUCGAUCACAGCUGCGAGUGGAUGGGUUGGAAUUAUUUUCCGCAGAGAAACUCCAGUUUCAGGUUGGCGGAUUACACGAAUCGGAAGAAGAACUGCACGAAAGCGAUUCUCGCCGAUCAACGCUGACGAAGAACACUUUUCCGGUCCAUGAACCACUUAUACAGCUUCACCAAAAAAAUGCUCUCGAGGGGGAUCGUGUUUUGAAAAGUCGACCGUCAUCUGCGUCGAGCUCUUCUUCGCGACGAAGCAGUAUCAGCACUCAUGCUGCGCUGGAAGAACUCAAUCGCAUCGUGGCAGAAUUCUCCGACGAUGAGAGUGAGGACGCUUCUUUCCGCGGGAGUAGGGGUUAUAAACCACAAGUGCAAAUUAAACCGUCGAACGAAGCUGAUGUCUCCGCACAGCAGAUUCUGCGAGAUAUCGAAAAUAACGCGCGGCGAACUUUGAUUCGUGAGUUUUCCCCGGAAAAGCCGGCAGUUUUCCCCUCACAGUCUUUGUUGACGCCCGUCUCAUUGCCGCACACCAAAGAGAAUUCCGUUUUGAGGGAGACUUCUUGUGAUAGUAUGGGUGGUCGUCCGUCCCGAAAAACUCAUCUGAUUAACACUGCUGCCAUGGAACGUCGCAAAGAAGUGCUGAUCGACAAAGCCCGAAAGCAUGAUACUGCAGUGGACAUGCAAGUGAAACGGUUGCAUGACAGCGAAAUGAAAGCCAGUCACAGUCAAGCGGUGAUGCAGAAAGCUGAUGCCAUUCUUGCCCGCCUACGUCAGAAACACAUUCAAACACAAAACGUUAAUCCCGUACAAAUGCAAAAACGCGCUGAUCCAGCUCCCCGCAUGCAACGCAGUCAACCUGUUGUCCAAGCCGAACUCGAGGAUGAUAUCUUUGAUCCACGCUUUUCCUUUACGUCUCAGCAGAUGAUUCAUGAGCCCCGCUUCCAUCCGAUCCCUCUUUCCGAAAAUAAUGCUGACAAGUCAAUUCAGACGGAUAAUGUACCAUCAACGGGGACGAACAAACUGGAAGAGUCGCUGCUUGAACAGUCAAUGUAUCCAGUUGGAAAUUCCGAACCGCCGCGGGAUAUUGUUUUGGCUACGCAUCAGAUUUUCUUCCCCCCAACUGAACUAGGAGAAUCAUCUACGGCAAAACUGCAGAUCAAAAACUACACUCCCAUUACACAUCAGUUGACCUUUUCGCCGCUGACCUUGCCCUUUCAAAAGAGAUACGAAACUUUGAACGUCCAGCCGCGCCGGUAUGUGAACAUUCCUUUGCGGUUUUUGCCUCGUGCUACGGGAUACUUUCAAGCAGAAAUGUCUGUUACGGCUGGAUAUAACGGGAAAUCCUAUCGAGUACACCUAGUUGGAGAAGGCAUUCCAAAACUGAGCGGCUGAUAGGCAUGUUGUCCACUUCCGCAAAAGGGACCAGAUAUCCUUGGCGAUGCUAUUGCAUGAUAAUUAAAAUCUUUUGGUGGACUGAAAUUUGUUUAAAGUAUUGCUGUUAUUAUGCCCUGCAAUAGUUUUUUUUCGCUGCUCUGUUUUCGAAAUGGUUAAUGGGGCUUUUAGAAAUUAGUAUAAUGCAGUGUAAAAUAUGGUUUAGAAUGCUGAAUGGGUAUCAAUUUGUUUACAUUAAAUUUGUGUUUUUCUUUUUUUCAUGUUUUGAAUGUUUCGAAUUUGUUUUAGCUAGAAAUCGCUGAUUCAAUGAAAGGGAAAAAAAUCAUA